AUGAUGCGACUUUGUUUAAUAGCUGCUUUAGCUCUCUCACAAGUCUAUGUCGUGUGGUCUCAACAUGCUGAGGCCACUCCCCGUACUCCUCUGAGCUGCGAGGAACAUGCUAGGCAAAGAGGCCUGGACAUUGAUAAUUGGGAAAUAGUUCCUGGCAACGACGGUCAACUGAAGUGCCGUCGGACAGCUGUGCAAGAACUCUGUUAUGGCGUUGAAUAUAUAGACGCGGACACCCUCGAGGAAAAAUGUGCUCAAGAUGCGAGUGGUCUCACAUGGAUCGACAAGCCUGGGCUGUUGGCCAAGUGGUGCGCCAAGAACCACGUAUGGACGUAUGAUCCAACAAGCAGUUCUAGGCACGGAGGAUGCUGCCCGGUUGGGUUUCACAUGAACCAUGGGAUGUGUGUCUCAGACACUCCCAACCCUCCGAACCCCGAGCCUGCCCACCCUCAGAAUCCCCUCAAUUCUCACAAUCCUCACACCCUCCUCGAUCCUCACAACCCCGACAACCCUCACAAUCCUCACAACCCCUUCAACCCCUUUGAUCCUCACAACCCCCUCAAUCUUCACAACCCCCACAACCUUCACAAUCCUCACAACCCCCUCAAUCUUCACAACCCCCACAACCCUCUCAAUACUCACAACCCAUUCAUUCCUCUCGACCCUUUCAAACCUCCUAUGCCGUUCCCUGGUCCCUGUUCUCAGACAUGUGGCAAUGGACAUGGCGGUGUUGAACCCUCCUGCACGUGCACGAACAAUCCAGUCUGCGGGCAUGGCAAAUAUCUAGGCAUCAAAUAUGGCCAUUGCUAUAUUCUUUCCUUCAGCGAUGGCGAGCAACUCGGCAUCGACAGGGAUCACACCGACUACAAGAAGAACGGCUUCUUCGUCGAUAUCCCCUUCAAAGUCUGCAAAUCGACCACUGAUUGCUCCCGUGGAAAGGAUGUUGAGACGGGAGAGUUCUUCUCCCUCCAAGAUCAGCACGGAUUGUACAAAGACACGACGUCGACGAAGGGCUGGAUUAAUGACGCCACAGGUGGGGCGCAUAUGGAAUUCACCCUUGAUGGUACCCAUGCGGGUAAAUUCACGGGUAUCCCUUCUUGCGCUGGGGGUGAAUGCGCCAUUCAAAUGUAUGGUCCCACUGGCGGUGCAUUGUCAUACGCUUGCCCGAUGCCGCAGCCCGGACUGACGCUGUAUGGCAACCCUAAAGUGGGUCAGAAACUUCGCUUCUCUGAGGUGACAUGCGACGCGUAUGAGGUCCCUUUGACUUCUGGCAUCAACCUGCAGUGA